AUGGCUGAAGAAGAUGGUCAGGAGCUUGUCACCAAGCCCUUCAAGUUCGUUACUGCCGGUAAGCUCCAACCCGACGAAACCCUCACCAAGCAUUGCUGGCAGAACUACGUCGACUACCACAAGUGCAUCAUUGCCAAGGGAGAGGACUUUGCUCCUUGCCGUCAGUUCUGGCUGGCCUACCGAUCAUUGUGCCCUUCCGGAUGGUAUCAGCGAUGGGAUGAGCAGCGAGAGGCUGGCAACUUCCCUGUUAAGCUGGACGCAUAA